UCACCUCUAACCAAAUAAAAACAAAAACAAAUGCAAUAUUUUAUUGAAAAAAAUCCAUUUUAUUUGGAGAAUUAUUGGAGUAAACGAUUUAUAUAAAAUGUUAUGCCUUCCAUUUCGGAUACAACAAUCUUUAGAAAGGCCUAUUUCUGCAAUUCAUUAUAUUUGCCUUUCUCCAAGGAGAAGUUCCAGCAACUAGACUUUUUUAAUUGGACAUGGAAAUCUCUAAUAUGCGACGCAAGCAAAAAUAAAAAAAGAAAAAACCGGUUUCCAUGAGUUUGCUUGCCAUCAUUGGAUUUUAACAAUGUGCAUUCAGUACUAAGUCAGAAGUCAAAGAAAUCACAUUCUUAUUUUCUCGGAAAUAGGUUUGGUUUUUUUUUUAAUCAAGAUGAGUCCACAUGUAUUCAUCUUGUUGCUCAUAUUGGCCAUUAUAAGAGCACACACCGCCAGUUUGUAUACAGUGCCACAGUGUUCCAAUUCAAAACUUGUACCACAUACACAAUACGGAGAAUAUGAGAAACGAGUGAUAUGUAGUGGUAUACAAAGCCUAAAAGACUUGAGCUCUUUGGUGAAAAAUGAUUGGAAGCAGCUGAUAAUUUUUAACCCCGAAAAACAACAAUUUUUAAUUGACGAUGUUCAAGAUAUAUUUAGUCCUUUGGAGCACUUAGAUUUAUCACAGGCCGGGCAGAUUUCAAUCGACGACACCGGAUUCAAGGCAUUGACAAAUAUGCUGACACUGAAUAUCUCUGGCUGUGAAAUUGAAUCAUUGAAAGGCUCCCAUUUUAAUACAUACAACAAAUUGGAAAAUUUGGACGCAAGCUGGAAUUUUUUGGAAGAACUUAGUUUUGAUCUAAAAAGCAAAAUCCUUUACUUGCAAAGUGCAAAUUUUUCCCACAACGCAAUCAAAUCCAUUGAACAGGACUCUUGGCAAGUAUUUCAGAAACUAAAAUAUCUGCACUUGGAUAACAAUGAACUAAGGACGGUGAACUUUUACAACUAUCCACAACUGCAAAUCUUAUCUUUGAGUGAUAAUCAAAUUGUUGAACUCACAACAAAAUCUUUUGAUGGCCUAGAAUCUAUGCAGGAAUUUAUAAUGACGAGAAAUCCAUCGAACUUUAUCAGUAGCCACACGUUUAGAAGCAUGACACAACUAAGGAUCCUUAAUAUAUCGGCCAAUAGUUUGGAGUUAUUGAACGCAGAUGUGUUUUUCGGAUUAGGCCGUUUGUUGGAAUUGGAUUUGAGUUCUAAUAAUCUGCAGCAAUUAGCCGAUGGACAAUUUAAGCAUUUAACAAAAUUGAUGUUUUUAGAUCUUAGUCGGAAUAGCUUAAGUGCCUUAAAUUCAACGGCUUUUAAAACUCUAUCGUCUUUAAGGAAGUUGUAUCUGCACGAAAAUGAUAUCAAGGAAGUGGGACCAAAUACAUUUGCCCAACUUAUAACUUUAGACACACUUGAUUUAUCUCAAAAUGCGAUUGAAUAUUUGGGGGCUGAUAUUUUUGGAGCAUCAACAUUGCCGCGUCUUAAGAAGUUAUGGCUAAAAUCCAAUAACUUAAAGCGAUUACAUCCUUUAGCUUUUUCGUCUUUGCCCUUCAUACAGUACCUGUCUUUGGGCAACAAUGAGCUAACCUAUCUUGAUGUGAGAAUGUUUGCUCCAAUGCGACGCUUAGACAAGAUUCACUUGGGUAAUAAUCUCUUAGAAGUCAUUGACCCGGAGGUUUUUGAUAGUCUGUCUGACGUUGGAGAGCUGCUGAUUGACAACAAUCGUCUAUCGUUUCUUCCCGAUACAAAUGCCACAUUUCCCAAGCUACGUAAAGUCGCAGUGGAAGGCAAUCCUUGGCAAUGUCCAUGCUGGGAUGAAUUAACUCGACUUUUGGAAGAGCGCCAAAUUGAAUAUGUUCGCGAACAAAGUCCCUACUAUAGUGGUAAAAAGCCACUAUGCGUGGUUACACCCGUCGAAGCUUGCGUUAAGGAUCUAGACAUAGUGAGAAGAUACGAAAUUGAAGAAAUAUUCAAUCGUGGCUGAAUAAAUUUCAUUAUUAGCUUAUAUUGUAUCUCUAGUGUGUAAUGUAUUUAUUCAAUAAAAAAUAUUUAUGUAUGUGUUUAUUAACUUAAAA